CUCUACUCGGGCCUGUAGGACAGACCAACGGCGGAUCUUUAAAAAGACCGGCCGUGCAGCGUCUGGUCUGACACAUCCUGGGCUUCUCACUUUUUUCCACCUCGGCCUCACUUGCGUCGUCACCACAACACAUCGCCUCGAUUGUCGUCGCAAGGUCCAGCAAAGGCCAUUCCAUCCAAAGAUCGAGGCUUUGCUGCUGCGAAGCCCGCCAGCGUGCGCCAAUGGCCCCUCCAUCGCCGACCGAAGGCCGAGAUUCGCCCGGCUCGUCUGCCAGCGAAAAGAAACGCAAAAACAACGACGGUUCCAGCAGCAAGAAGCGCGGAUACAGCGAGAGCACAGGGCUUCCAAACGGAGCCAAGAGCCAUGUCGUGCGACGCUCGAGCAUAAGCAAGCCUGGGCGGGAUCAGCGCGACGAGCCCGUAUUCAAGCACAAGAAGCGGAAGCGCCGCGAGGAACGAGAGAAAGAACGAGAUUCUAGCAAUGCCGUAUCAAGGCAGGACAGCCCUGCCAUUGAUUUCGAUGGCCUCAGCCGACCCAGCGUAGGCACGCGCCAGCGGUUAGAAGAAACAGAGGAGGAAAAGGCUGCCCGACUCGACCGCAUGAAGGGCGCUGUCAAGACUCUACUCGAGUGCGUUGGAGAAGACCCGAACCGAGAAGGCCUCUUAGCCACACCCGAACGAUAUGCCAAAGCCAUGAUGUUCUUUACACAAGGCUAUGAGCAAAACGUAUUUGACAUUGUCAACGGCGCCAUCUUCCAGGAAGGCCACUCAGAGAUGGUGGUGGUGAAGAACAUUGAUGUGUUCUCGCUCUGCGAACACCACCUGGUGCCCUUUACCGGCAAGGUCCAUAUUGGCUACAUCCCCAACAACAACGUCAUUGGCAUCUCCAAGCUGCCUCGCAUUGCCGACAUGUUUUCGCGCCGGCUACAAAUCCAAGAACGCCUCACCAAAGAUAUUGCCAAUGCCGUCUUCGACGUCCUCGCACCCCAGGGAGUGGCCGUGGUCAUAGAGUCUAGCCAUCUAUGCAUGGUCAUGCGCGGCGUGCAGAAGACGAAUAGCACCACCAUCACGAGUUGCAUGCUUGGCUGCUUUGAGCGCAGGGAAAAGACGCGAAAUGAAUUUCUUAGCUUAAUCAACGUUAACCGCCAUUGAGGGUGGUAAUUAACGUCAACCGCCAUUGAGGCUGGUAAUCAACGUCAACCGCAAUUGAGGCUGGUUCUUUUCAACCCCAGUCCUAUAUUCAACAUUUUGCCACUGGCUUUUACGGUGAGCUUCCCCCCUCACUUGUCUAUGUGGGCAUAUCAGAUUCCGCAUAUGGUCUAUAUCGACCGCCUGUUGCAUUCUAUUUUUUACUACUUACCGCUGGAGAGGGCGGACAAUUAUGGCAUGAUAAUGUAUGCCCAGAUUCAUUUAGAUUUAGUAACCAACAAAUCACUUUCGAGCCC